AUGCUCAAGUACCAAGUGAGAACCAGCAGUCGCCCUUCAGCCUAUGGCAGUCCUUCUUCCUCGACCGACGACACUACACUGACAAGCAGAAGCAGCUCGCUGGCGUCGCUGAAUUCGGUGGACAGCGCAAAUUCCGAGAGCGACUGGGGAACACUGAAAGUCUACACAAAUAAUGUGAAGGCGUGCACUGACUACAAGACUAUUCGGAUUUCGACACAAAGCACAACACGAUCCGUAAUUGAGACCGUGCUCAGUAAAUUCAAGAUUUCGUGCAGGGACACGAAUUUGUUUGAGUUAUGGAUGGAGGUUACUACCAAAGCUAAUGGUAAGGCUGUGAGGACAAUUCUGAGGCUGGAUCACUUAGCUAGACCGCUCGAAUUGCAAAGGUGUCACCCGUCACAUAUGUCGCGAUUUAUGCUCCAUAUGAAUUCCGAGGGGACCCUCGUCAGAGUACAUGAUCAUAACAUUUCACCCCAGACAAUGCUCAAGUAUCAAGUGAGAACCACCAGUCGGUCUUCCGUCUAUGGUAGCCCUUCGUCGUCGACCCACGACACUACACUGACAAGCAGAAGCAGCUCGCUGGCGUCGCUGAGUUCGGUGGACAGCGCGAAUUCCGAAAGUGACUGGGGAACGCUUAGAAUCUACACGAAUAAUGUGAAGGCGUGCACUGACUACAAAACAAUUCGGGUUUCCACCCAGAGCACGACACGGUCUGUGAUUGAGACCGUGCUCGGCAAAUUUAAGAUUUCGUGCAGGGACACGAAUUUGUUUGAGUUAUGGAUGGAGGUUACUACUAAAGCCAGUGGUAAAGCUGUGAGGACAGUUCUGAGGCUAGAUCACUUAGCUAGACCGCUCGAAUUGCAAAGGUGCCAUCCGUCGAAUAUGUCACGAUUUAUGCUCCAUAUGAAUUCCGAGGGGACCCUCGUCAGAGUACACGAUCAUAGCAUUUCUCCUCAGUCGAAUUACAAGUCGCUGUUACUGGCCGAAGAAACCACAUGCCGUGAGGUGGUUGACAUUCUGCUAUGUAUGAACAGAAAGGAGCCAGAUGGAGAUUACGCGUUGUUUCUCACAUCACCUGAAGACGAGGCACAGAUUCCAUCUGAGGUGCCACUUAUGCCAAUCGCUCUCAUGUGUCAACCGUAUCACAAAAUCGUUAUUCGACCAGUUGACACGGUUUAA